UCGUCGUCUGACGAGAGGGAGAAGGGGAAGAGACUCUUCCCAUCAGGCAGAGUCGUUACAGAGAGGGAGAGAGAGACUUCUUUCCAUCUUGAAGGCGUUACAGAGGGAGAGAAAGUCCUUUGGGGGUCAACCUGAUAGUUGUCUCCUGGUGUUGGUGCGGGAGACCCGCGAGUUCCGGCAUUUGACGAAGGACAGAAACGCCAUUUCUUCAUCUCCUCAAAUUCAUUCUCUCCCCUUCUCUCUCAUGAUUCCAGACUCCAAGUCUCGUCAUCUUAACUGAGAAGCCUGGAUUCAACAUGUCGUCUUCAAAAUCACGAUCUGCCCCCUCUAAGAUCGUUGGCAGAGUCUCCAGGGGAUCUCCAGAUUCUGGGUCGAAUUCGACCCAUUCAAAGACUUCCUCUGAUAAAUCAGCGAGGUUGGUAGAUCGCAAAUCUUCAAAAGUCACCACCACCGCCACCGCCACAAACAACAAUAACAGAAGCAACCACCUCAAUAGCAGCACAGUUUCUGAGAAAAGGGCCGUGACGAAAGGGUCAGUGCUCCACGAGCAACUGGGUCAGGCCCAGGUGGAUCUCAAGAAGGCCAAGGAUCAGCUGGCUAUGGCUGAGGAUGCGAAGUCACGAGCUCUUGAAGAGCUCAGGGAGAUGAAGAAGAUGGCCGAGGAGGCGAACUUGAGGCUCAGCGAGGUUCUCUCGAAACAGAAGCAUGUACAAGAGGAUUCUGAGAUGGCGAAACCCAGAGACGAUGAACAGCGGGCAAGCAUCAUGUCGGUACAAAAGAAGGAACAAGCUUGGCAGCUUGAGCUUGAGGAACUGCAGAAACAGCAGUCAUUGGACUCUGCAGCAUUGCUUGCAACUAAGCAGGAUCUGGAGAGGGCGACCAAAGAGUUGUCUGUGGCAUUGGAAGCAAAGGCUUUUGCUCUGAAUCAGGCCGAGGAGGCUAGGAAGAUGGCCGAUGCAAAUGCCAAGAGGAUUCAGGAUCUAUCAGUCGAACUGGCAUUUUUGACGGAAUCUCGAGAGUCGGCAUCUGAUUCUCGGACGGCAGCCGAGAAAGGGAAGGAAAGAAAGGGAGAACCUGAAACAGUGACAUUAUUGGAGAACCUGAAGCUCGAGCUUAUCAGCCUGAGAGAUUCCGAGUCUCAGGCCAGAAGUUCAUUGAGGGAAAGCAAGGAGAGAAUCGAGAUGCUUGAGGAAGAAAUUGAGAUUUCUAAGAAAUCCGAAAGUAAGGUAAUUGAAUCAAUGAUCUCACUCACAGAACAGCUAGAGGAUACGAAGAUGUCGCUUCAAGAUGCCAACCUUGAAAUAUCUUCUCUUAAGGAAAAGAUGGAAGCGCUGGAGGCAUCAGGCAGUCGGGGCAGCAAAGGUCUAGAAGUUUCUUACCAUCAUCUUGAGAAAGGGAACAUUGAUCUUCACAACAUGGGUGAAACUAUUGAAAUUCUCAAGUUGGAGCUAGAAAAAUCACGCAACGAUUUGCUUCAUGCACGAGAAGGUGAAUUUUUAGCCGUUUCAAACAUGCAGGCUCUAGCAGAGGAAGCAAGUUCGCUUAGAAAUGAGCUUAGGUUGGCGACAGAGGCAGAGGAGAAGAGCAAGAAGGCCCUGGAUGAUCUGGCGGUGGUGCUUCAUGAGGUCACCAACGAAGGGAACCGAGUGAAGGCAGAACUCGAAUCUAUCCAGAAAGAAUCAGAGAGCCUUAAGGUUGAACAACAGUUGUACAAGUCAACUACAAGUAACUCAGAAGAUGAGGUUCAAGUAGAAUUAAAUGAAGCAAGGAAAGAAAUCGAUCGUUUGAUGGGGGUGAUUGAAAGGGCCAGAUUAGAUGCAGAGGAUUCUACUUCCUCAUGGAAUGCAAAGGAAAUGGGUUUUAUUAACUGUAUCAAGAUGUCAGAAGAAGAAAUUGCCGCCGAGAAAGAAGAGAACCAGAAACUGAUUGUUUCGCUUAGAGAAGCUAAGGAAGGAGCAAGAAUAGCAGAAAUAGAGAAAUGCAAGCUUAUGGAUUCCGUGAGACAAGCUGAGGUGGAAGCAAGUGCAGCCAGGCAAGCCUUUGAAGUUGUUAAUGUUGAGAACUCACGGCUUAGGAAUGCCUUAUCGGAGGUAGAGAGAGAGUUGGUGAGUGUAAUUCAUGAAAAUGAUUAUCUUAAGGAAAGUGAAGCAGCAGCCCGUCAGAAUGUUGACAAGCUGAUGAAGUUGCUGGAUGCAGCAACAGUAGAAGACUCCAACAGAAGCUGCAGUUUGCCAAGUAAAAUAAACCAUGAGUUGCCGCACAGUGAAAUAAGGCUGCUAGAAGACUGUGGAAUUGAAGGGGCAUCAAAAAUGAAGUCGAAAGGGGCAGCAGAGUAUCCUAAAACAUCAGCCAAGGGGCUUCAUGAUUCGAGACACAUUGAAGUACCCUCAGCAGAUGUUAAAACAUAUUCUGCUCGGCCUCUAAGUAUUUCACCAAAUGAAAAUUCGAAAAACAAAGAAUUGGUUUUGGAUCCCCAUGAUCCUGAUGAUAUAUCAGAAAUAGAUGACUUUGAACCACAAUAUGAAUCAAUAGAUAAGAUGUCUGAUUUGUCACCGAACAGGACGGAUGAUGGAGAAACUUUGAAUUUUGAUGACUAUGACCACGUGACUUGUUCCCAGCUGGAAGAGAUGGAUGAAAACAAAGUGCCUCCUGCUAUACAGAAAAAGAAAAAGGCAUUGCUACGGCGUUUUGGGGACAUGUUGAAGAAAAAAGGGAAAUCAUAAAUAAGACUUCCAACGAUAGAUACUAACAGAGUUAUUCAUGCUCGUCUUCAGGUGAUGGUUUCAGUCUUUCACGAAAAACUUUUGGAAGUAGCAGUUCUACAACCACCACCUAUUCUGUUUGAUAUGCCAUUUUUCAUGGACACAAAUGAUCAUUUUGUUUUCAGAGAAAAUGUUUGUUUUCAGUUCUAGUCUUUACUGAAGAUGUCACUGCAUGAAUAUGGGUCAUCUGGCUCUCUCAAUCUCAUAUUGAAGUUUAGAUGUUCUAGAGCACGGUCCGCUUUAGAGUGGAGCUUCCUGCUUGCACACGGUAUCCUUUCUUCUCCACACUGUCAUUGUUUUCCCUAAAGGAUUUCAUUGAACAUCUACCAGAUUCGAAAAUUAGAUGAAGAAUGCGACUCAGAACUUCCACAUUUGCAGUGAUGCAGCCACACAUCUGGAACGCUCACCUGUCAAUUGCUUAUUUCUCUUUAAUCUUCAGAAUGCAAAAAUUACAGAUCUAAAUUACAAACCAGGUCAGGUGUACGCUAUGCUUCUGGAAGCAUGUUCACUACACAAAUGCUGAUAUAGGUUCAAUUUCUUGACAAAAAGCAUCCAGUACUUUAUGCAUCUGGAGAAUCCUUUUAGGUCAUUAUGGUACUUGUCACAUUUUUGGCUGCUGUGAUACUAAAUGGCAGGAAGCACCGACGCUUUGAACUUCCAUGGUUCUUCAUUUGUAAACUAGUGGGAGAUAGCUUUUGGAAAGUCAUUUGGGUCUGAGCAUCCAUUGUUUGCACCUGAGAACGACAUGGAUUUGAGUAGAUUGGUGGAGAAAAUGGCAUGUAAGAAGCUCGUGAAAUUGAUCGUUUAUUUUUCAUGCUGUUUAUUCAUUCGUUUCUGUCAAUUGUCCCUUGUGCUCAUGAGAUGUUCAUUCCUGAUUCACAGUAGCUGUAUGUGUCCAGUUCCCUGUUUACCUGUGUAACCUUAACGACAUUUAUCAAAAUUUUCUUGCAAAUACAUUCAAUAAACAUGCAUUGACUGUUCAUCUA